GAACGACCGGAUACGGUAUGACAGAUGCAAGUCUGGACGGAAGAAGGCACCGAUCCACCCCUCAACUGCUGCCACAAAUCUGUUGAAACUAACGAACCAGCAACAGAACCAACAAAGAAAAAUGACAGCAAACCAAUCCACAGCACCAAGGGUACUUACAAUCUAUCAUGCAAUCAUUUGCAAUGCCAUGAGAAUAGGAUAUGCUGGCAGGCUUGCUACAGGGGCUGACUUUGAUGAAAUUGAUUACCUGCCAAUGCAGGAAAUCUGCUGGUCCGCUUAUUGUGAUGUCUUCCCAAACAACAGCUUCAUAGCAAUUUCAGAUGCCAAUUUGAAACAAGCCAUCAAGCAUAUGCUUCUUCGUUCUCAUCCUGAUAAGGUUGCAAAGCAUGGUGAUGACUACAGAGUCCACUAUGCAAGUCUUGCUGUGACGUCCCUUCUCAACCACGUGUCUGCGUGGAUCAAAACAACAAACACCAAUGCAAGCAGUGUCAAUACAGGAGUGGAUGUAUUGGAGAUGCCACCACUGCUUCUCACAAGCUUUGGGCCAGCCAAAUCUAAGUGUUCUCUGCCAUCUGCUUUUGAAGCCUUGGCAUCGAUACAGUUUGCUUCAGCCUCCAAGCCAUCCUCAGAAGUCCAUCGAUUGAACCUAGAAAGGACAAAAGAUCUUGCAAAGAAAGCACAAUAUGCGGAAGCCAUCUUCUGGGAAAAGGCCAACCUAGUUUCGACGACUCUUUGCCAAACUCACUUGACAUAUAUUUCCAAACCCGACACUAGCUACAUCCCUGACACGAGCAAUACAGGGAGUGUCUUUGCAGGCAGUACAUCGCUGGCUGAAGACCAGAAAGUGAUUCAGGAAGUCAUUGGCCGUCUCAAGACCAAUGACAAAGCAUUAUCUCAUAUUCAUCUGGAGAAUCAGGAUCUGGCUUCCAGUGAUAAUUUGAGUAAGAUGGUGGAUGCCAUGAAGCACUCACACUGUCAUGUCAAGAGCAUCUACAUCGAUUCAAUCUUGGUGACUACAUCAGGUUUGUCUCAGCUGUUUCAGUUUCUGGCAACUGAGAACAAAACUGUCACAUCGUUUACGCUAAAGGGGGUGGUUGGUUGGGACGUAUAUCGAUACAUCUCAAAAGUGGCCGAUAUGAUUCGCAACAACAAGACCAUGACAGAAUUGACCCUUGUGAACUGUAAUUUCCCAUCCGCCUACAACGCCGAUGGCAUUGCCGAGGCCCUCCAGCACAACUCCACCUUGAAGAAGGUGGAUUUUAGAAGAUGCGGAGAGCUUUAUUCCGAAGGAGCUUCAGACCUUGCCAAUGGGCUGGUGGUCCCAACUAGCAACUCAGCACUGGAAUUGCUCAGCCUGUAUCGGACAGGACUGACCAACAAGACAGCCCCUUCUUUGGUCAAUCUCAUUGUCAAUCACCCCACAUUGAAGUGUUUGGACCUUCGUGAAAAUCACUUCUCCGAGACUGUGCUGGACAAACUAAGGGAUGCCAUGAGCAAAAGUGGUUGCCUCAAGGAACUUCUCGUGGAUCCACCUACAUUGAAGGCAUAGGCCAAUGAAAAGUGUCGUCUCUUAUCCCCACAAAAUAAAAUAAGAAUAAACAAAAGGCUUAUUCACGAAA